AUGGAGCUGGGAAAAGCAAAGCUACUGAGAACCGGCCUCAAUGCUUUAUAUCAGGCCAUCCACCCCGUGCAUGGAAUUGCCUGGACAGAUGGGAAGCAAGUGAUACUGACUGCUUUAUACUAUCGUAACGGAGAGCUAAAGUUUGGAGACUCAAGUGUUGCUGGUCAAUUUGAACAUGUUCAUGGGCUUUACUGGGGCCCAUGUUUCUCGACAGACACCCCAGCUCUGCUUGCUGUUCAGCAUAAAAAGCAUGUCAGUGUUUGGCAGCUGGGCUACAGCACUGCAGAGAGGAACAAACCCUUGAUUUCUCAGACUUGUGAAGUUGGUGAGCCAUUUCCACUGCUUUCUCAGGGCUGUGUCUGGCAUCCAAAGAAGGAAGUCUUGGCUGUGCUUACAAAAAGAGACGCUUCGGUCUUGCAUGCUGUUCGUACUGACAAUACUAGAGUUAAGGCAGAUAUCAAAAGCAGCGGGGUUAUCCACUGUGCUUGCUGGACUAAGGAUGGUAAUCGUUUAGUAGUUGCUAUAGGCAGUGCCCUGCAUUCCUACAUAUGGGAUGAUGCUCAGAAAACUCUAAAUAUCUGCACCUUUUGCCCUGUCUUUGAUGUGGGAGGUUACAUCUGUGCUAUAGAAGCCACACUGGAUUUCCAAAUUGCUGUAGCGACUGAGCUUCCUCUAGAUAAUAUCUGUGGUUUGAAUGUGGGCAUUGCAUUUGAUAUGCCAUCUGGUACAGAAACUGGUUCUUUAAUCUCACAGCCUGCUGUGGUGCUUGGUGAUGAGGAAUACUCCAUGGACCUGCGAAGAAAGUCCACGGAUUCAGAUAGAUCUGGUGUUGAUUCAGUUGCUUCCUCUUCAUCAGGUCCCGUGGAUUUAACCCAUAUCCUUGCAAACCACCGUCGGUCUGAUCCUGGUCCUAUUAUUACUCUGAAACGCAAAGACUCUGCAGCAACAAAUGGUCAAGACUCUUCUCACUUGAUCUUGGUGACUUUUGAAAGGAAGGUAACUACCACCAGGAGAGUCACCAUUCCAGGUAUUCUGGUUCCUGAUAUAAUGGCUUUUGACCUUAAAGCCCAGAUUGUGGCCGUGGCUUCUAAUACUUCUAAUAUUGUUUUGGUGCAUUCAGUAACCUCUUCCUGCAUGCCUCAUAUUCAACAAGUCCAGCUGGAAAAAAAUGAAAGACCAAAGGGACUAUGCUUUUUGACAGAUAAACUCCUAUUGAUUCUGGUUGGCAAGCAAAAGUUCCCUGAGCCUAGUCUCAUUCCAUCUUCAAGUUCAGACAGGUACAUAAUGCGUUUGAUGAUCAAACAAUUGGUGCUGGAAGAAGAUUCUUCAGCAUUGCCUGAGACCAAGCAGAACAUGUUUUAUAACUUUGAAUCCUCUGUUAAUAUACCUGGAAAAAGAAAAUUCUUUGAAAAUCUUGCUACAGAAGACCAACAUCAAAACAGGGAGCUGUUAAUACCAAGAAGCACAGUUAUUCAGUCUCCUAGUGGCAGGAGAAGACUCAUUGAAGAAGUAAAGAGCCCUAGUUAUGAGCAGAGCUCUUCAUCAAGUGUGAGUGACUUGGAUGAAAAAAGGCUCCCAGGAGAGUCCUCGGUGGCCUUGGAAACACUGGACACUGAACCUACCAAUCGUUCAGUGUCUCUCCUUGGUUUUGGAACACCUGCGAGGCUUUCUGGCAGACCAACUUCCCCUAAAGUGCAGUUCAACAUGAUCCAAGAAGCAUCAAGUUCUCCUAAAAGCAACAAUUUGCCAAGUGAAAGAGGAAUGAGUCACAUCUCUAGAAAUUUAGAGAGACUUUGUGGCAGCUUCAAUGAAUUACAAUUGAGUCUUUCUGAAAUAACGGACUUCGCUAAGAAUGGGAGGAGGAUAUCUUUAGCCUACCCAUGCUCACAGGAACCACCCAUCGUUCAUAUCACUUACCAGAAAAGCUUUUCAAAUGGAGCAGUUAUUGAAGAAACAAAAGAUGUUCUCCUCUGUGAUGGCAAGAUCCAUUUGAAUUUAGUCCAGCAGCUCUUUGAUUUGCCCAUCAUUGAAAUGAAAUAUGGCUCCUCUUGGAUUGUGCUCACUGCAGACAAGGAUGGCUUUGUGCCAUUAAUAUUCAAAGCAACACAAGAGAUAAUUAUAAGGGAUGGAAGUGACAGUUCAGAAGUCUAUGGAGGUCACUCCUACAAAAAAAACAUUUCAAAGCGACCACUGAGUAGAGUGACAUAA